AUGGCCGGCCGGGUCGAAUGUGUCACAUCGCAAUCAGUCGCGUCGGUCUUCGCAUUUCGCCGUCCAAAUUCGUCGCGAGACCCGAUGUCGUCGAAAUUCGUCGGGUUUCCCCAUUUGCUAUUGCUCAUUUUGAGCGUCGUUGAGACGUCGGCUCGAGGGUUUCAUGGAAUUCCAGGCGAAUAUUGCUCGGUGAGAACGCCGACUUGUUGCGAUAAUCGCGAUGAUGACUGCACUGCGCCGAUCCUUGGCGAUCACUUGUGCUAUUGCGACAUGUUCUGCGAUCGGGGACCUGAUGGUGGUAAUGAUUGCUGUCCGGAUUUCGAAGCUACUUGUCUUGGAAAAAGACGACGCGACGAGUUCGACAUUACCGGCGAGCGAUGUUCGUAUGAAGGUGACCGGAAGGAAAAGAACUGUGAAAAAUGCACAUGUCAAGGCGGAUACUGGAAAUGUGACGGAACAACGUGUCUCAUUCAAUCCGACAUUCUCGAAUCCAUCAAAACCGGCCGAUAUUCAUGGUCCGCCCGCAAUUAUUCAAUGUUCUGGGGUCGAAGCCUCAGCGACGGCAUCAAAUAUCGUCUGGGAACGCUGUUUCCCGAGCGAAGCGUUCAAAACAUGAACGAAAUUCUGAUAAAAGGUCGCGAGUUGCCGGAUGAGUUCGACGCGCGCGACAAAUGGGGACCACUGAUUCAUCCGAUCACCGAUCAGGGCGAUUGCGGAAGCAGUUGGGCGGUGUCGACGACCGGUAUCUCAUCGGACAGAUUGGCAAUUAUCAGCGAGGGACGAAUUAAUGCGACGCUCGCCUCCCAACAAUUGUUGUCAUGCAAUCAGCAUAGGCAGAAAGGAUGCGAAGGAGGAUAUCUCGAUCGCGCUUGGUGGUAUAUCAGAAAACUUGGAGUUGUCGAUGAGAAAUGCUAUCCAUACGUGUCGGGAAGCAGCCGCGAGCCUGGACAUUGUCUGAUUCCGAAACGCGAUUACUCAAAUCGUCGUUGCCCCAGCGGAAUUGCCGACAGCACCGCUUAUAAAAUGACGCCUCCUUAUAAGGUGUCGAGUCGCGAGGAGGACAUCAUGACGGAAUUGAUGACGAAUGGGCCGGUUCAAGCCACAUUUUUGGUGCAUGAGGACUUUUUUAUGUAUUCGGGAGGCGUUUAUCAACAUACGGAUUUGGCGGCGAAAAAAGGCGCUUCGUCGACGGCUGAAGGAUAUCAUUCAGUUCGAGUUUUGGGAUGGGGUGUUGAUCAUUCGACAGGCCGACCAAUCAAAUAUUGGCUAUGCGCAAAUUCUUGGGGAAAUUCGUGGGGAGAAGACGGCUAUUUCCGAAUUCUACGAGGCGAGAAUCAUUGUGAAUUCGAGAGUUUUGUCAUUGGCGCUUGGGGAAAAGGAUCAAAGAGAAGAAGGAGAUUCAAAAUGCGCAAACUUCGCCGCUUUAGGAAAUUAUUCAAAUAA